AUGCGCCAUGGCGGCUUCCGCGGCGAAGCCGACACCCGGUAUUUGCCGCUCUUGCAAGAUUGCGCGCGGCAAAGCGCAUGGAGACAGGCGGUGCAUUUGUUGGCGGAGAUGCGAUCUCUCGAUCUCCGGAGUGCGGUGGCCUACACCAAGUGCAUCAGCGCCUGCGUCAGAUCAGGGCAGUGGGAGAUGGCGCAGCGGGUCUUGGGAGCGCUGCGUGUGUCCAGCCUACAGCUCGACGCCGUGGCCGCGAACUGCGGCCUGGGCGCCUUCGCCUGGCGGGAGGUGUUGGCGCGCGCCCACGCCAUGCCGUGCGAUGGGCUGGCGCCGACGCCUGUGACUUACUGCCGCGCGGUGGGCGCGUGCGAGACAGGCGGCGCCUGGCAGCAGGCCUUGCUGCUCCUGCGGGCGAUGGUCAGGUCGGCGCUCCGCAGCAGCCUCACCUGGAACUGUGGCAUCAGCGCCUGCGGAAGCAGCUGGCGCCACGCGCUCCAGCUGGCGUCCACGGACACGCCAGACAUCUCGGGAAUCUCAGCUGCCAUUUGCGCCCUCGACGCAAGGUGGCGUGUGGCUGCAGCCCUGUGCCGGCGUGCCAGCGAAACCCUACUGCAGCACGACGCGGCGUUCUAUGGGGCGCUGCUGGGGACGUCCAGUUGGCGAAGGGGCAGACAGCUGCUGGGAGCCAUGGAGGCCCGGGGCCUUUCAGCCAGAGCAGUGCUUCGGCCCGCAGCCAUCAGCUCAUGUCAGAGCCAAUUCCACUGGGCGUCGGCCUUGUCAUGCUUGAAGGGCCGCAGCCCGGCUUUGGCGGAGAGCAACGGCGCCGUGAGCGCUUGCGCCCAGCGCUGGCGCUGGGCCAGUUGGCUCGCGGCCAAUCUGUCAGAGCAUGGCCAGCGCCCAGACGUCUACACCUUGUCCGCCGUGGUGGACGCCUGUGACCGGUGCCGUCAAUGGCGGCCGGCCUUGGCUUGGCUGCAGCGCAUGACGGGCCUUCAGAUGAAUGCGGUGGCCUUCAACGGCGCGGCCUCCGCGCUGCGGGGCGCCUGGCGCUUGGCCUGGGCGCUGCUGCCGCGCAUGGCCCAGCAUCGCCUGACCGUCGGCCACGUGCAGCGCGAGGCGCUGCACCGGGCGGCUGAGAAGUGCCGGGCUCCCGGGGUGGCCCGGGCGCAGGAGGAGGCCCUUCUCAGCGAGAGCGUGCGACACCUGAGAGUGGCCGGCUUUGAGCGGGGCGGCCCGCCCUGCGGCGGCCUGCCGUUGGCGGAGGCCAAGGCCAAGGUCGACCAAUUCCUGGGGAGCCUGCCGGAGGGGGGCCAGGCCAGCUCGGUGCUUCCGUACCAGAAGGAGGGCCUCGCCUUCGGCCUGCACCGCGCGGGCCGGGUGCUGCUGGGGGACGAGAUGGGCCUCGGGAAGACGCUGCAGGCCCUACUGCUGGCAGCCUACUUUGAGGCUGAGUGGCCCAUUUUGGUCAUCGCCCCAUCGUCCCUUCGCUUUGUUUGGCGAGACCAGGCGGCGCAGUGGCUGCCUCACCUGGUGGGGGAGGAUGGGAACUUGGUGCAUGUGGUGAGGAAUAGCAAGGACAAGGUGAGCAAGUCCGCCCGAGUGGUGGUGGCCACAUACGACCUGCUGCGACGCUGCGAAGCUUUGCGCCGGCGCACGGAUGGUCGAGACUAUCUUGCGGUGAUCGUAGAUGAGUCCCAGAGCAUCAAGGAGUCCACGAGCCAAAGGACCAAGGUGGUGGUGGGCAUUUGCAAAGCGGCGCGGCGAGUGCUGCUCCUGAGCGGCACGCCGGCGGUGAACCGGGCCGCGGAGCUCUACACGCAGCUGGAGGCCCUGCUCCCGUCGGGCAUGCCGAGCUUCGCGCAGUUUGCAGAGCGGUAUUCCUACAAGCAGGUGGCGCGCUUCGGGGGGCGCAGCACCGUGAAGUGGAACGGCGCCCAGCGCACCCCGGAGCUCAACAGUCUCUUGGGCACAGUGAUGAUCAGGCGCCUAAAGAAGGAUGUGCUGCAGCAGCUGCCGCCGAAGCGCCGCGUCAAGGUGCCGCUGGACCCGGAGAAGAUGAACCAGGAGACACUCAAAGAGGCGGAGAGGCAGAGUCGGCAGAUGGGGCCUUCUGACUUCGUGGCCAGCAAGGGGCUGGGGGACUGCGCGCAGCUCUUCCGACUGACUGCAGAGGCCAAGCUCGGAGCGGUCCUGGAGUACGUUGAGCACUUGCUCAGCACCGGGGCGAAGUUCCUUCUCUUCGGGCACCACCACUUGGUGCUGGACGCCGUGCAAGCAAAGCUGCAGCGGAUGCAUUGCGGCCAUAUCCGCAUUGACGGGCACACGUCAGCGGUGGCGCGGCCGGCUUUGGUGUCGCAGUUCCAGGAGGACGAGUCAGUGCGGGUGGCAGUUCUGAGCAUCACCGCGGCGGGCACGGGGCUGACGCUCACGGCGGCACAGACCAUCGUUUUCGCGGAGCUCUACUGGGUGCCUGGCCUGAUGCAGCAGGCGGAGGACCGAGCCCACCGUAUUGGCCAGCGGGACAGCGUCACGGUGCACUAUCUCAUUGCCAAGAAGACCCUGGAUGAAGUCCUUUUCCAGACCUUGGAGAAGAAGACCUUCAGCACUACGGGGAUCCUGAACGGCCUCAGCUCGGGCCUGGACGUCACGUGUCAGGGUACCCAGAAGCGCGAGCGCGAGAGCGAGGAGGAGCCGCCCACCAAGCGGCAGAGAGAGUCAAGCCCUUAG